AUAUGGAUAUACCCAGCACUGGCGCUAUAUUCACUCUGGGCAAAUCCCAUUUGGCGGAGAAUACCCAAAGUUAUUUCUACAUUAAAAAUGAUCCUGUAAAGCGUCUGAUAUCGGGUCCACACCAAAGUGCAGUCAUAUGCGAAUCUGGCCGACUAUUUGUUUGGGGCGAGAAUCACUUUGGACAGCUGGGAAUUGGCGGCCACAGUGGCACCACAGCCAGCGCCAAAAGGGGCAACUCAACCACCAAUGGGGAUAUAGUCACAAAGCCCACAUGUGUAAAGGCCUUGAAAAGUCUCGGAUUGAAGAUCUGCGAUGCGGCCUUUGGCAGCAAUUGGUCCGUGAUGCUAACACACUCGAAUGAAAUCUUCUUUACGGGUCGCAACAUCUUUCCGGAGGAUACGCAUGUGGCACAGCAUUUUAUCAGCGCACAGGUGGAGCAGCAGCAGUGCGCCAUCAUACGGAAACCCUUUCGGUUGGAGGAGUUCGAUGACUAUCUGUCCAAGAGCGAGGAAACGGACAACUUCUUGUCCGUGCAGGCGGGCAACGAGCACUUUGCCGUGCUGACCACCACUGGCCGGCUGAUUGGCUGCGGUUCGAAUGGCCAGCAGCAGCUGGGCGAGCUCGAGGCCGACUACGAUGGCCAUCCCGUGGAGAUUAAACUGGAUGCCACCGUGCAGCAGUUUGCCUGCGGUCCAGAGUCCACGCUGGUGCUGACGGCCAGCGGAAGUCUCUUCCUCACCGGGCACCUCAAUGAGUUUGUUUUUCCCAAGUUCACGGAGCUGCAGAAGAAUCUCUCGCCCACGGAGCAGAUCAUCUUCAUGCACAUCUCCAAGGCCAGCGAGAUUUACAUCGUGAGCAACGUGGGCAACAUCUACCGCAGCUUCGAGUCGGUGCGGAACAAGAGCCUGGUCUUCCAGCGCUUCUACGACUACGACAGCGAGGAGAACGGCCCCAUCUGGAAGCUGCUGAAGGGCUUCUCCUUCUACGCGGCCCUCAGCAAGGCCAACAAGUUCUUCACGACCUUCUCGGAGAGCGGCCACCACCUGAAGACCUUUCGCGAGAUCUCCAAGUUCAAGAAUCUCCGCCUGCUGGACAUUGCCGUGGGGGAUCAGCACAUCCUGGUGCAGGGCAUACCCAGAUCAUCGAUGGCCUCCGCCUCGGUGGGUGUGAGCAACAGCUUCGUUCUGCAGCCAAAGGAUGACAAUGGGAAUGUGCUGGAGCAGGGCAGGAACAGCAGCGGACGCAGCCUCACCAAGCAGCAACAGGUGGCGGAGGAAAUGGAAGAGCGGACCACGUCCACGGCUAUGGGUGCGGGCGUUGCUGCGGGAGUGGGCACUGCAGUUGGCACAGCGGCAGCCAUGGAGGCUGUGAAGCAUUUAACAAAUGGAAACGAGGCAGAAGAGGCAGAAAAAGACAACAAGAAUGAAGUGCAGGCAAAAGAGGAAGCGAAGGAAAUGCAGGCCGAGGUGAAUGGCAAUGAAGAGGAGCUCAUACCAAGCAGCCAGAAGGACGAGCAACAACCAACAAAACCUCAAAGCGGAGACCACAAACAGAUGGAACCAUCGGCACCCAUGGAGAGCCCUAAAAAACCCAUGGAAAGCCCCAAGAAAAGCCCCAAGAAACCCAUGGAAAGCCCUAAAAAACCUGCAGAGUCCUCCAUUAAGCAGAUGGAUUCAAUGGAUAAGCUACCAACUCCGCCCACACAUACGCCCACACCACCACCACCCAAAUCGCCGGCAGAUUCGAUUGGUUCUCUGCAGUCCGCACGCUUUGUGCAGCCCGGAAAUCCGCUGCAGAAGCUGGAGGAGGGCAGCCAGGAGAAGCAAAUGCUGCGUCCACGCACACCAUAUCCGGACAGCAGCAAUGGCAGCACUCCGCAGACCAUCAAAAAGACGCCCAUAAGGAACUUCUCGUACGAGGCGGCCAUGGAUCAUGACCAUCUGGAGAGAACGUCGCCCGAGCUGGUGGAUAGCCUGGAGACGGUGGAAGAGGUCUCUGCGCCGGCCACCAUUCAAGUGUCCACGCCCACGCCGCCCACAGAGGAGGAUGAGCAGCUGGCGGUGGAGAUAACCACAACGAAGGACUCGAGGGAUGGCAGCAAGGUGGUCAACGAGAUUCGAUUCAUCAACAACGGGGUGGAUGUCACGGCCAAGGUGGAGGAGCAAAUGCCGGACACAUCCCUAGAGGACUCAACGGAGGAGCUGGAGUCGGAUGCCGAACAGACGCUGCAACAGAUGGAAGAGCGCGUGGAGAAGACAGUCGCUGAGCACAAAGACGAGGCUCUGAGGGCCACAGAGGAGGUAAGAGAUGGCCUGGAGUCCAGGCGAGACUCGAUCCAGACGGCAGUGAAGAAUGCCGCUCAGGGAGCAAAGAAAUCGAUGGAGGCGGCAGGGGAGCGCAUGGCCACAGGCGCUCGCGGCGCAGUGGAUGCUGUGGGCGAUGCAGUUGGGGCGGCGGGCAAGGGUGCCCAGCGGAUGGCCAACGAUGCAAUGCACGCCAUGGAGCAGGCGGGCAGCAGUGCAGCGAAGGCAGCCUCCGAAACGAAGGACUCGAUGGGCAGGGCCAUGGACUCGGUGACCAACAAGAUCUCCAGCGAGGUGCUUGGCGCCAAGGAGAACAUUUCGUCGCUGUUUCAGAUCAAGGCAGCCCGCGAAGCAGAUCCGCACACCACGCCAGUGUCCACGCCACGUGGCGACGAUGAGGAAAUGGAUAUUUCCUCGAAGGAUGGCGGACCCAAGACAAACACAACCGUGGGCUCUGGCGAGGAGGAUGAACGAACGACGGCAUCUGUGAACUCGAACCACAACUCAGCGGGGAAUGGGAAUCGAGCGCAGUUCGAGGAGAGCACGCCCUUUGAGCCGAACAAUUCCUAUGUCGAUCCCCUCGAUGCCGUUGUUGAGCGCAGCAAGAAGGCCAUGCAGGAGGACCUGCGGGCAAUGGAAAUGCGAGCGAACUCACAUGUCCAUGCGGUUGCGCACAAAACGGAGGAGGAAACAAAGGGCUUCGUUCAGCAGUUUCUGGAUAACGUGCGGCUCUCAUGUCGCAACGAAAGGGCCGUCGAUAUACAGGAUGAGACGCGACCGCCUCCGCCGGCAGCAGCGACGCACCACAACAAAAACAAAGUCAACAGCGAGCUCAGUUUAAGCAACGGGCAUGGCGAGCAGCAGGCGUCACGUGUUUGCACGAUUUUAUAAAACUUGCACUACCAUUCACAACACUUUUCU